CUCAAGCGAUCCUCCUGCCUCAGCCUCCCGAGUAGCUGGGACUACAGACAUGUGCCACCAUGCCUGACCUUGAGGGAUCCUCUCGCCUCGGCCUCCCAGAGUGCUAGGAUUACAGGUGUGAGCCACCGCGCCCAGCCUGGCUUAAAAAUUAUUCACCCAUAG